GACACCGGACGUGACGCCAGAGCAGGAACUUAGUUGCCCCGUCGUGGAAAGAAAAGAUGGCGGGGGACUCCUCAAUGGAGCUCCUGUUUUUGGAUACAUUCAAGCAUCAGAGUGCAGAGCUUACUAAUAUAGAUGUGGUAAGGUUUCCCUGUGGAGUACUGGUGACCGAGAUUCGAGUCAUUCCUCCAGGUAUCAAAGCUCACAGCAGCCUCCCAGACAGCCGAGCUUUUGGAGAAACGGCUCCACAUGCUUUCCAGUUGGACCUGUUCUACAACAAUCUGUCUAAAUCCAAUACACCUGUGUUUCACCGUCUUGGCAGUUUGGAGUAUGAUGAAAACAAGUCCAUUGUCUUCAGACCCAGUGGAAAGGUGAACACAGAUGGCCUAGUUUUGCGGGGCUGGUACACAUGCCUGACGGUGGCAGUGUACGGGACAGCGGAACGCUCCCACGCGCAUGACCGCGACACACUCGCCCCUCCACCCCCGCCCCCACCCCCCCAGCAGCCCAUACAGAAGAGGGGGAGCAAGCAUGAGUGGGAGAAUGAGGAGCAGUUUAACGGCAGCCCCCCCAGACCACAGCCCAGAGGGCCACGCACCCCUCCUGGUCCACCCCCGCCGGACGACGAUGACGAGGAAACCCUCGCUGUGCAAGGCCCGGUGAAGGAGGAGAGUGUUGACGGCAGGGAGUCCCUGGAGCCGGUGUCUCCUGAGCCAGGGUCGGUGCGCGCAGACGAGCCCUUGUCAGAGCCCGAGCCCGAGGAGGAGGAGGGACUGGAGCCGGAGGAAGAGGAGGAAGAAGGGACAGACGAGGGCAGCGAGCCUGACGAGGAAGAGGAUGAGGAAGAAGAGAUGGAGCCAGAGGUGGAGGAGGAAGAGGAAGAAAUGGAUGAGGAAGGAGAAGGUGGAGAUGAUGGGUAUGAACAGAUCUCCAGCGAUGAAGAGGACCUGGAGAGUGGCGCCUUCAAGCUGCCCAGCUUCGACGUGGACUACACGGCCGAGGAUCUGGCCUCGGUGCCCAGUGUCCAGUACGACCCGUAUGAGCGCGAGCUGCGGCCCCUGCAGCACUUCACGCCGCCCCAGACCACCGCGUAUGAGGCCCAGCUCAUCUGCCUCAAGAGCCAGGACCUGGACGACCCCACGUCCGCCUGGGCCGAGUCUGCCGCCAAGCUCACCGAGUUGUUGGAGUCCGGAGGCAGUGAUGAAUUAGGUCCUCGUUGGGUGAUGGCCCUGGAGGAAGUGCCUCCGGUGCUGGUGAAGGGCCUGAGCUUCCUGGUGGCCAAGGAGCCGGGGGCGGCACGGGGUCACCUGGAGCGCCUGAUUGGCUGGGCUUGCAACGCGCUGAGCCUCAGCGUCGCCCUGUCCCAGCCCAUCGCGCUCAACCUGCGGCAGCUGAAGGCCGGCGCCAAGCUGGCCUGCGCCCUGGCCGACUGCGGCGGCGACGUGGUGUCCGGCCUGCUGGACCGCGGCGUGCUGGCCACGCUCCUGGAGAUGCUGUUUGCCGAGCACGUCUCCUCUGCGCUCAAGCUCAACGCCCUGCGCGCCCUCAACGCUGUGGUGGACCAGCCCCUGGGCAUGCAGGUGCUCCUCGGACAUAGACACAGGGGAGGAGGAGGAGACGCAGAGGACAAAGAGACCAAGAGGGAGACCAACAGUGCGUACCAGAGACUACUGGAGCUCUUCCUGCUGGACCAGACGGUGCGCGUGGUGACCGCCGGAGCCGCCGUCCUGCAGAAGGGCCACUUCUACGAGCUGCUGGGGGAGCUGAGGCGCUGCGCCGGGGCCUGGGCCGAGAAGAGCGCCGCCGGGCCCAUGGACAUCGCCGAGAGGGAGUCGGACGAGAAGGAGGGGGCCGGUGACACGGAGGAGCGCGAGGGGGGAGGCCCCGAGGCCGAGGAGGAGGGCGAGCUGGAGCGCGUGCAGGGACUGCUGGAGGAGAUGCUCCACCUGCUGGUGACGGCGCCACACUGCAUGCUGCAGCCGCCCACUAAAGCCUUCCCCACCACAGCCCGCAUCACCGGACCAGUGGACACAAAUGACCCCUACCCCACACUUUACAGGUACAUGCACGCGUGUCACUUCCUGGAGUCUCUGGUGGUGGUGAUGUCCCACCCGGCGGCGUGUGCUCACCCGGGGCUGGUGCAGGUGGUGCGCGAGCUUCUGCGCUUCCUGUCCCAGUCACAGCCGGGCCUCCUCUUCCUGCUCAGCCACCACCAGCCCACCAACCUGCUCCUCAGGGUCCUGGCGCCCCUCCCCGCGCUCACGCACCCGCUCACACACACGCUCAUGGAGACGGAGACGGAGGAGGCGGGCCAGGCCGCCGACGCCUGCUCGCUGGAGGACAGCUUCUGGGCGUGGCUGGUCCAGGUGCUUCACGCGCUGCAGGGCGUGGCUGAACUGAUGGAGGCGGGGCUGGAAGGGGAAGGGGAGGGUCUCGGGGAGGGCCCAGUGGUGCUGUCCACGCUGAACAGCCUUUACCUGAUCAGCUUCAGCCCGGGCGGAAGAGACGCCCUCACACACACGCUCUGUCUGGACAACAACAUCACCUGUCUGACCAACAUACUGCAGCAGCAUGCCAAGGAGGGCCAAGGUGAGGGUAAGGUGCGCAAGUCAGUGGCCUAUAACUACGCCUGCAUGCUGCUACUGCUGGUGGUGCAAAACUCCAACGACAUCAAGAUGUUGGAGAACCAUGGCGCCACUCUUCUGAGUGCGUGCAAAGCGGAUGACAACAAUGCCAAACUGCUAGAACUCGGCAAAUGGCUGGAGCCCCUGGAGAAGCUGCGCUUUGACAUCAGUGCCAUCCCAACACUCAUCGAUUACAUCAAACAGAAUAUAGAGAACCUGAUGACGCCAGAGGGGUCGGGACUCACCACAGCUCUGCGAGUCCUCUGCCACGUUGCCUGUCCUCCAACACUCGCCCCAGGUCAGCAGAAGGAGCUGAAGUGGACGGUGGCGGUGAUGGCGCUGUUCUCGGGCGAGGGCCUGGACACAUUUGUGCGCGUGCUCCAGAAGCUGUGCCAGCUGCUGCUGCUGCCGUGGCGACUGCACGGGCCGCUGGGGCCGGGCGCCCAGCGCGUAACGGUCAUGUCGCUGGCCUGCUGCACCCUGCGGCUCCUGCGCACCAUGCUGGCCGAGCUGCUGCAGAGCGGGCCGAGCGGCGGCACCACGGGCCACGAGUGUCGGGACGCGCGCAUCCCGGCCGUCUGCGUGGCGCUGCACACGGUGCUCUGCUCCACGCCGGCCACGGGCAGGCUGGACGGACAGGAGCUGCGCGUGCAGGCCGAGCUGGUGGACGUGCUGCUGACGCUGACCAGGGCGGCGGGCAGCGGCCGGCGCGACGUGGGCUCCGAGGAGACGCUGGCCGGGAACAGCUGGUCGCUCACGCUCAAGGAGGUGCUCAACUCCAUCCUGGCGGCGCCCGAGAACAUCUUCAGCGGCCUGACGCUGCUGUCGGAACUGCUGCCGCUGCCACUGCCCAUGCAGACCACACAGGCGCUGUCGGUGCAGGAUGUGAGCUUGGCACUGAACACGCGUAAGCUGUGGAGCAUGCACCUGCAGGCUCAGGCGGGCACGCUGGUGGAGGUGCUGCGCAGCGUGGCGGUCAGCAGCUGCCCGCCUCUACAGGCCAUGCUGCGUCGCGUCUGCGUGCAGCUCUGCGACCUGGCCGCGCCCACCGGCACGCUCACCGUCCGCACACUCCUCGAGCAGCUGCAGGAGGAGCUACAGCCGGAACGUGUGUGUCCAAGGUUGCCACGGAUGCUGGCCUUGCUGGACUCGUUGGCGUCUCAGCGCUGCUUCAAGGCGUCCAUGCUGGCCCUGCUGGGCGGGGCUCCGCGAGAGGGGCCAGUUGAAGGGCUGGACCUGCUGCCGUCCCUGCUGUCCCUGCUCCUCCCUCCUGCUGACGCCAGCAUCCCACUGCAGCAGGGCGCCGAGCUCGCCGCCUCCAUCAUACAGUCCCUCUGUGAUCAGGACAUCUCUAUGUGUGUGAGUGGCUCUGGGGAGGGCUGUGUGUCUGAGGUGGAGCAGCUGGCCAACGCUCUUCCAGCUCGAGAAGCUCUGUCCAGCAUCUGUGACGGGCUCCUUGGCGUGUUGGGACACACACCCAGCACACACACACUCCUGCUCACCUGCCUGCGCACCCUCAUGAUCCUCACCGAGCACGACUACGGCCUCCACCAUCUCAAGAGCUCUCUGAAAAAGCACAGCACUGUGGUGGUGUCUCUGUUGAAGAGGGAGAUCCGCUCCUUCUCUAAAGACUCCCCUGAGCUCCUCUGCGCUCUGCUUGACUUCCUCCGACAAAUGCUCAACUCUGAUUCUGUGGAUGAGGAGAUGGACUCCCGCUCCGUGGCUCUGAGCGUCUAUGAGAUGAAGCAGCUGCUGCAGUGGAAGGAGGACUCAGAGGAGCAUGCACUAGCGGAGCUGGAGAAACACGUAACGGGGCAGGCAAAGGGCGAUGACACACUGGAGACUUUGCUGGAAGGCCUGAGUGCCUUCAGACAGCUUCUGGAGAGUUCUACCGACACGGCGCCCAGUGAGCCGGACGUUGAGCCCAACCUUCCUCAGCCGGACAAAUUGCAGACACAGUAUAACCACAGGACGGUGUAUGUCCUCUCUGAUGUGAUGGACGAGCAGCUCAAAGCCCUCUGGUUCUCUCCGUUUAACGCUGAAGAGCUGGAGAGUGACCUGGACAUGGUGAAGGUGGACAUGUUGUCCCUAGCCCAGCAGUGUGUUCCUGAUCUGGACCUGCAGGCAGAGCUGGAGCACUCCUUCCUCUCUGAGCCCACCUCCCCAGUGCACCGACAGCCAAUCAAAGGCUUCAGACUGGGCAAACACAAGCAUGAGACCUUCAUUACUUCCAGUGGUAAGUCGGACUAUGUGGAGCCGGCGAAGCGAGCGCACAUCAUGGCCCAGCCUCGCGGCCGGGGCCGAGGCAUGUUCUCCCAGGGGCCGGGCGGCCGGCCGCACGACAUCUUCCGCCAGCGCAAGCAGAACACUAGCCGUCCGCCCAGCAUGCACGUGGACGACUUCCUGGCCGCCGAGUACAAGGACGUGGGCCCGUCACCAGGGCUCAUCCUCCCCAAGCGCCCGCCCAAGGGUGGGGCUAAGCCACCAACCAGAGGCCUGUUCACAGGAGGCAGCAGAGGAGGGAGGGGGGGCUUCCCCAGCCACACCCGAUUCUUCACCCCACCUGCCCCCAAGAGUGUGCUGCUCACAAGUAAUUACCCUCGGCGAGAGGGAGGCCGUGGUGGCUCCAGCUGGAGUGCUCAGGUAACCGCUCUGGCUCACAGAGCAACAUACAGCGACACACGUGGGGGGCAGAGCAACUUCGCCAGGGGACCAAUCACAGCCCGACAACCACCCGCAGGUGCGUACCGAUUGGCUACCAGGGACCGGGCUCCCCGAGGCAGAGGGACCGGCCUAUCCUGGCUGAGUGGAGGCGGGCCUGGCGUCAGUGGAGGAGGGGUUAGCAGCAGCAGUGGGCGGGGUUCCCAGGGGAAGUUCAACAGUGGUGGGCGAGGUCGUCAUGUACGCUCAUUCACUCGCUGACCAAUUAACUGGAGGCCUCACAAACGGACCAAUCCGAAAAUGCCUUUGUGUCUAAGAGACACAUUUGGACAUGUCUUUAUGUGGAUAAUGCUUUUCUGUUUCAUCAUGUUUUGUAUUUUUAAUCGUGUUGAGUUGAGUAAAAAUUUGAGCGUUGUUGGA